AUGCCAGAUUCUAAAAAAUAUGCUGUCCUUACCACACGGUUCGAGCCACAUAGAGGUUGGGUUGCACCUCUCAGAGAACUCGGAAAAAGGGCAGCAAGUAGGCGAGUACCGGACUUUGUAUUUGAGCACGAAAAGCAUCCCUACUUAAGAUACAGCCCUUUACUUGAUGGGGUAUUUUGUGCUCCAUGUUUUGCCUUUAAUGCAGCUGAAAAUGUGCUUGUUGCUCGUCCGUUGAUUGACUGGAGCAACGCAAGGAAAGUCGUUGAUGGGCACACACGAUCAAAAGAGCACAUAAAUUCCAUCACAAGAGCCGACCACUUUGUACGCAUCUGCAGGAAGGAAGAGCAGAAUGUGGUCGAGUUCGGAUCAACGGCCUACCGGCAGAAAGUCCAAAAGAACAGGGAGGCGUUAACAGCCAUCAUUGAGGCCAUUAUUCUUUGUGGGCAACAAAAUAUAGCCUUACGCGGUAAAAUUGAAAGCCGCAGCAACAUUAGAGCUCUACUCAACUACCGUGCAAAAGCUGACGCCUCUCUGAAGGAACACAUGACAUCAGCACCAAAACAUGCCCAGUAUACGAGCCCAGAAAUACAGAACGAAUUUAUCUCACUCUGUGGUAAACAAAUUUCUAGCUCGAUUACCCAACGAUGCCAAAACGCUAAGUACUUCACGGUUAUGGCAGAUGAGUCUGCAGACGUGAGCGACACUGAACAAUUUGCGUUCUGUGUACGCUACGUUGAUCGGGAAAGUUCGGGUGACCAUGUGGUCCGUGAAGAAUUUUUGUCCUUUGUUGUUGCUGAAAGUACAACAGGUGAGGCCCUGACCACUCUUCUGACAGGAGAAAUAAGAAAACAUGACCUUGACCCAGCAUUGAAUGUUGGCCAAGGGUACGACGGCGCUAGGAACAUGGCGGGCAGGAUUCGUGGCGUGCAAGCAAGGUUUGCUGAGGCGUAUCCACAUGCUAAGUAUGUCCACUGCCGAAACCACCGUCUGAACCUAGCUAUCUGCCAUGCCUGUCACACAAAGUUGCUCAGCUGA